UAAAUUUAAAAACAUUCUUAGUCACCGGCUACCUUUACAUUCACCUCUUUAAAGUCUCCUGAAGCAAUGUAUGAUAACGAUCAAUACUUGGCUACCUUAGCUAUCUUCUUAAGACAAACAUUAGAACCUGAUAAAAGACAACAUGCUGAGCAGGAACUAUUCAAAGCAGAGGCCGAGCAAAAAGACUUUCCUAUUGCUGUUAUGCAGUUAGUCACGAGAGAAAGUACCGAACAAAGUGUACGGUUUUCUGCGUCACUACUUUUUAAGAAUUAUAUAAGAAGAAAUUGGGUGCAGGAAGAAAAUUCAAACUUAACUCCAGAGAUAAGAAUGGCGAUUAAAGAAAGUUUGGUUGAUAUUUUGAUAUCCGUACCGUCAAAUAUACAACUUCAACUAAGUGAAGCUGUAUCUUUAAUUGCUGAAAACGAUUUCCCUGAUCAAUGGCCACACUUGAUCUCGCAAUUAACUAGUAAAUUUAGUUCGGGAGACUUUGCCAGAAAUAAUGCUGUUUUGCAAACUGCUCAUUCAAUAUUUAAAAGGUAUAAGUCAGAAUUCCGAACUGAUCCGUUAUAUAAUGAAAUCAACUUUGUCCUAGAUCAAUUUGUUCAUCCCUAUUGGCAACUUUUACAGGCGACUGAUGCGCUUAUUACACAAUAUGCCAACGAUAAAUCUCAACUCCAAACUCUUUCACAAACUUUGCUUCUUCUAUUAAAACUCUUCUAUGAUCUUAAUUGGCAAGAUCUCCCUCCAUUUUUUGAAGAUAAUAAAGACGAAUGCAUGUCAUUUUUGCAUAAAUAUUUAACUUAUAAUAAUCCUCUUUUGGAUUCCAUGAGUGAAGAUGAAGCUGGUCCUUUGGAAAAAGUCAAGUCUAUUAUAUGUGAAAUUUGUGCGUUAUAUGCUACAAAAUAUGAGGAAGUAUUUACAAUGCUGCAGACGUUUGUGGAAACUGUGUGGACACUUUUAACAACCACAGGCCUUGAAUCAAAGUAUGAUAUUCUUGUCAGUAAAGCUAUGGCUUUUUUGUCUAAAGUCGUCAAAUUGGAACGUUACAGCAGUCUUUUUGCGAAACAAGAAAUACUUACUCAAUUUUGCGAAAAGAUUAUUUUACCAAACAUGUAUUACAGACCUAUCGAUGAAGAAUUAUUUGAAUACGAUCCUAUUGAAUUCAUUAGAAGAGAUUUGGAGGGUUCAGAUAGUGAUACUCGAAGACGAUCUGCUUCUGAUUUUGUCCGUAGUUUGAUGACAUAUUUCCAAAAAGACAUAACGACCAUCAUUUGGACAUAUAUCAAUCAAUAUUUACAGCGUUAUACCGAAAAUCCACGUAAUUGGAAAGAUAAAGAUGCAGCAAUUUAUCUUUUAACUUCGAUAGCUGCUCCAGGGUCUACAACAAAACACGGUGUCACAACGACCAAUGAGUUUGUAGAUGUUGUCGAGUUUUUUUCUAAAAACAUGUUACCGGAUUUACAAACAGCAGUUGAUAGUGGCCAACCAGUAUUGAAAGUAGAUAGUAUAAAAUAUGUGUAUACUUUCCGCAAUCAGAUGACCAAACAACAAUUAAUUUCCGUGUUUCCGCUUUUGGUCAAACAUUUGUCAUCAUCUAAUUAUGUUGUUCAUACAUAUUCUGCAAUUGCAAUUGAAAGACUUACAUUCAGAUUCACUAAGGCUGAUAUCAAGCCAUACACUCAAGAAUUACUUAUUAACCUGUUUAGAUUAAUCGAGGCUGGUACAACUCCUGAAACGUUAGCUGAAAAUGAUUACCUUAUGAAAGCCGUCAUGCGUGUAAUUUUUACUAGCCAUGAUGACGUGGCACCAUACGUUACAGACAUUAUGAAUCAUUUAAAUAAAAUUUUAAAUGAAAUUAGUAAGAAUCCGAGUAAUCCGCGUUUUAACCAUUGUGUUUUUGAAUCAAUUGGUGCUCUGGUGAGAUUUAAUUGUCAAAAUAAUCCGGAAGCGUUGUCAAAUUUCGAAAAUAUGUUGUUUGGCCCAUUCCGGAUGAUUUUACAAAAAGAUGUAGUUGAAUUCGUUCCAUAUGUUUUUCAGAUUUUUUCGCAACUUCUCGAAUUGCACACAGAACCUGUGUUUCCAGAAAUUUAUAGGUCUAUGUUGCCAGCUUUAUUGACUCCUGCUAUUUGGGAGAAUGCCGGUAAUAUACCCGCUUUGACUAGAUUGCUUCAUGCGUAUAUUUGCCGCGAUGCAAGUUCUAUAGUCAUCAAUAAUCAUCUUGAACCUAUCCUCGGCAUUUUUCAAAAGCUGAUAGCCUCGAAAGCGAAUGAUAAAUAUGGCAUUGAUUUAUUAUGUUCUAUUGUUCAGUAUAUACCUACGGAAACAUUGAAUAAAUAUUUGGCAGCGAUUAUUUCACUCUUGUUAACAAGAAUGAAGAGUAGUAAAACGGAUAAAUACACGUUAAGCUUUGUGUAUUUUGUAUGCUUUUUCCUCGCAAUAGAAAAGGAGGGUGUUAAUCCAGACUAUGUUAUCCAGGCUUUUGAUUCUAUGCAACCAAAAUUAUUUAUUGAGGUCCUAAAUGCAUUUAUUAUUCCUGAAAUGCAAAAAAUUCAAGACUAUACUGAAAAGAAGAUCUGUGCAGUAGCUAUGACGCGACUUUUAACUCAAAGUGAAAAAAUAUUAACUGAUGAUUAUAUCACAGUAUGGCCCUCUAUUUUAGCCGCAUUGAUUAAAUUAUUUGAAGCUCCAACUGAAAUCAAAAAAAGUGAAGAAGAAGAAUUGAUAAGUUACGACUUUGAAGAAGAGAGACAAUUUCAAAGUGCUUUUGCCAGGUUAACGUCCACGGGAAAAUUAAAACGUGAUCCAACUGAAAGAAUCGAAGAUCCCAAAAUUUUCCUGGCCCAUUCACUUCAGACAUUGAGUCAGAGAUAUCCUGGGAAGAUUAACGAUAUGAUAUCAACGAAACUUCCACCAGAAUGUACUCAUCAUUUAGUUCAGUACAUGAGUUUAGCCAAUCCUUCGGGUUGUGUCUAAUAGCAAAUGGAAAAAUAAAUGUCAUAUUAGCAAAAAAAAAAUCUAAUCGUUCCUUCCAUAUAGGAGAAUACUCAUUGAAAUAAAUACAAAUAACUAGAAAAUGUAUUCAAAGACGGUAUAUGCAGACUUCUAUUUCAUUGAUCGCUAUUUCAUUGACUGCUAAUUGCUAAUGUAUUUUAUAUAUAUAUCUGAUAUAUAUAUAU